AUGGGACGCAAGAAGCCCUUCUCACACAAGCAGAAGAAGGCCCAGCUGCAGACCACGCGGGCGAGGAAGCGCGGCGACGAGGAAGAGGACGGGCGGCAGGCGGGCAGCACAAGACAGCCGCGGCCGCUGCCAUCGCGCUCGGCGCCAAAGGGCCCGACGCUGCGCCUCGAGUCGCGAUUCAUCUCCCUCCCGCCGCACUACCUCGAGCGUACGCGCGACCUCGCCUUCUCGACCCCGUUGGAACGCCCGUUGCCCGGCAGCGCCGCCGUGUUCCCCGUCGAGCUGGUGACCCGCUCCCCAGCCACCGGCAAGCUCGUCAUCCCUGCGCGGCCAAAGUUCCGGUAUGGCCAGACGAAGAAGGAGGUCGAGAAGAACGAGGAGGGCGUGUACAAGAAGUGGCUGGGCACGACGCGCGCCACCCUCGACGAGUGGGUCCUCGGCGAGGGCGACGACGGGUGGCCCGUGAGCCCGAGCUGGUUCGAGACGAACCUCGAGGUGUGGCGCCAGCUGUGGCGCGUGACAGAGUCUUCGGCGAUCCUGCUCCUCCUCAUCGACGCGCGAUGUCCGCCGCUGCACUGUCCGCCGAGCCUGCGCACGUACGUCAAGGCGCUCAAGCCCAGAAAAGAGGUCAUCUUGGUCCUCACCAAGGCGGAUUUGGUAGACGCGGGCGCCCUGGCAGGGUGGCGUACAUGGCUUGAGGAGUGGUGGACGGAGGGGGAUGAGCCUGGCGCCGUGUCCAAUGUCCAGGUCGUCGCGGUUUCGAGCUACGACAAGGCCCUGCUAUACGGCGAAGGGAGGGCGCGGCACCGGCCAGCGAUCCCGAUCUCGGCCCGCGGAGAGCUCGUUGAGGCGAUCAAGGCGGCACACGCGCGGCUCGUCACGCCGCCUUCUUGGGCGGGUGACGACUGGAAGCCGGGUGUGCGGGCUAAUGUCGAUUGGGGGACGCUUGCCGCUGAGCCAGAGGUUGCGCCGAUCCAGAGCGGGGGUCGGAGGAAGGUGAAGCGCGAGGAUGCGGAGGACGGCGCGGAGGGUACCGACGGCGCGGCGGAUGAAGAGAGUGGCGAGGAGAGCGAGACAGAGGAGGCUGAGGCACACCACCACCGCGACCCGCAGUCUGAGCCGCUGCCAAUCGGCCUGAUCGGACAACCGAACGUUGGCAAGUCGUCGCUCCUCAACGCGUUGCUUGGCACCACACGCGUGCGCGCGUCCAAGACCCCAGGCAAGACCAAGCACUUCCAGACGAUCUUGUGGGGCCCAGCGCGCGACAUCAAGAUCAUCGACUGCCCUGGGCUUGUGUGUCCCUCGCUCGUGCCGAUGGAGCUGCAGGCCAUGGCAGGGAUCCUGCCCAUCUCGCAGAUCCCGUCGUUGCCGUCGUGCAUCUACUACGUCGCGACGCGCAUGCCGAUCGAGGACGUCUUCCGCGUGCCUCCGCCUGCUGAGGAGGAGGUCGUCGUGGAUAAGCGCACGUGGCGCGGCGAGGGGCCACGGGCAGUGGAAGCCAAGGGCCACACUUGGACCGCGGGCGGGAUCAUGGAGGCGCGUGCCGUCGACCGAGGGUUCUUGACUGCAAAGGGUGGACGGCCGGACACGAACCGCGCGGGGAAUGCAAUGCUCCGGACAAUAGCAGACGGACGCGUACGCUGGGGCUUCUGGCCGCCAGGGAGCAGCGAGGAGGCACUCGCCGCGCGCGAGGGCAAGGGGGUGUGGCUCGAGAAUACCCCCGAGCUGGAUGACGAGGAGGCAGGCGGGGAAGAGCGGAGCGAGGAGAGCGAGAGCGAGGAUGACGAGGCUAGCGGCGUCGGGGCAGUGCCUGGGAGCGACAACGCCGAGGAGGAGGAGGAGGAGGAAGAAGACGAGAGCGAGAGCGAGGGCACGGGCUUCGCGGUGCAGAACACGCGGAGCUUCUUCAACGCGCUCAGCUUGGAGGGGAGCGACGAGAGCGAGACCGAGGAGAGCGAGAGCGAAGAGAGUCUGCCGCCUCACACGCCGUUGUAG